AUGAAAUUCACCACUUCUUCUGCUUUAUUAGCCACCGUUGCUUCAUUUGCUGUCAGUGCUCAAGCUGCAUACUCUAAUGCUACUUCCACUGUCACUGAUAUUGCUACCACUGUUAUCACCAUCACUUCAUGUUCUGAAGAUUUAUGUAAACCAGAAACUGUUACUACUGGAUUAACCACUGUUACUGAAGGUACUACUAUCUACACCACCUACUGUCCAUUAUCUGGUGAAACUGAAACUGAAACUGCUAUCAAGACCACUGUUGUUACUAUUACUUCAUGUUCUGAAAAUAAAUGUUCUCCAGUUGAAGUUACUACUGGAUUAACCACUGUUACUGAAGGUACUACUAUCUACACCACCUACUGUCCAUUAUCUGGUGAAACUACUCCAGUUCCAGCUCCAGCCCCAACCACCACUCCAGUUCCAACCACCACUCCAAAGACUGUUGCUGCUGAAUCAACCACUCCAAAAGCUUCCACUUCCCCAACUCCAGAAGUUACCACUCUUACCGGUGGUGCCAAUGCUGUUCCAAUUGUUGGUGCUGGUUUAUUAGCUAUUGGUGCUUACUUAAUCUAA